UUGUGCUGAAGCCUUGAUGGGUAUUGAUAAAAACAAAUAUUUGACCAUGAACAUCAUUCUUAGUCCAGCUGUAAAAGUCUUUCUCAUCAAGGUUGAAAGACUCACCUGUGGCAUAGUUCAAGGGUAUAAAUUUGUGGAUCCUGUCUUGGCAAAUGAAGUCUUGAUACAGAUGCUGGAAAUAUGCAGCAGACUUACUCCUCAAUUGCAUGUGAUUUUCUGGAAAGUAGGCUGUUCUCAGAUGCAUACUCAACAAAAGACCUGAUAUUCUUUACCAAGGAAAUGUUGAAGCGUCGUAAGAAGUUCGCAUAUGGAGAUGAAACAGAAACGCUAUUUUCACUGCUUGUUGAGCGCAUCUGUGAGAAAGAGACAUAUCAGUCUGCCUUCGCUGUUCUUCGAAAGGGCUUGGAUAAGUUUGGUGACCCUAUGAUUGCUCAAACCUUAGCACGAUUAUUCACAAAGCACAAUGACUUUUCUCGUGCCCACGAAUUUGCAACGAUUGCUGUUGACUUGGACUCUGAUAACUCAUACCUUUUGGUAACUGCAGGAAAAGUGUAUCAUGAGGAAAUGAUUAAAAACUUUGAAAAGCUUAACAGAAGGAUAAUAACACUAUCCAUGCUCAAGAAUACUAUGUCUCUGGCAAUGUGUGCUGUAAAACAGUACACCCAGGCUCAAGAGGCAAACCGGAGGGGAAAGUAUGCACUGAACUUGCAUUGUUAUCUUGAAGACAUCAAAACCUGUUUUAAAUUCCUGAAUAUGAUGAAUAAAGUAGACCCAUUCAAAGGCAGUAUAGGACAAGCUAUGUUGCAGAGGUAUCUGGUUGAUCCAGACUUCAUCCCAGAUGAAGUACAGGAAGUAUGGAAGGAGUAUCAUAUAUGGAUCAAAUCAAUAAAAGGUAGAAUAGAUGUUUCCAUUGACUUCCUGGAAAAAGAUCUUACAUACAACAAGCAGAGGACAAGGGAUUUAGGGCUUGAGUGGUUUAAGAAAACAUUUUACCAACAUGUGCGGAUCUAUCCUCAGUUCUUUGGAAUGUUAGAAAAUACUGUGAUUGCAAGUGAAGAGGAAAGGAAAAGACUCCUGGCCUGCACAUUACUUGAAGGGCACAAUGUAAACUUUAGUAGAGCCUUUGAUUUCCUGAGAAAGGGUAGGAAUGCUGUUCCCAACUUGGAAAGGGUCAUGGAACUCCUGAGGGGAAUCACAGAGAAAAAUGCCUUUGACUUAGAAGGGUUAGUUUCAAUAUCACUUGCUCUGUCCACAGUUGACCCACAUUCCAAGAAAAUACCAUCAUUUAAACAGGUAUAUGAGUGGUGUGUUCUACUAGCUACUUUGUUACCCUUCUCACUUGAGCCACAUUUCUUUUUGACGAUGUUUCUGUGGCCUAGAGAAGAUAUAGGCAUUGGUUUUGAUCCAGGGUUAUUCAAACUUUCAAAAGAAAGACUAUUGACACUUUACAAAGAGCAGUGUCCCAAAAGUGUUUUUAGACAUGUUCAAGCUUACAAAAGGAUGACCACAACAGGAUUUACAAGAGCAAUGCCAGCAACUAACUUUUUCCUCUCCACUGGAAAGGGACUGCAGUCUUUUCUUCACAUAUCUAGCUUGAGCAUUGAGUCACAGAAAAAUUUUGACAGAGACCAGUUUUGGGAAUCUGACAAAGUGCAAAAAACUUUACGCAGACUUGAAGGAAUGUGCCUUGACACAGGAAAGAUCAGCUUUAGGGUGAGAGAUGGUCCCAGUAUUGAGAUCCGCACAUCCCGUCCCAUUAUGCAAAAGGGGGCCAGUCAAGACAAAGUCAGCUUUUUCCUGGGUUUCAGCUGGGAAGGCCCCAUUGCCUAUCAUGUCAAAGUUCAUGAUGACUUGUAACUGUAUGUUUGAGAAUUGCUGCUACAAUAUACCGUCAUUCUAUAAAACUUGUGAAAUGGCUGCUUUAAGCCAUACAUAGUAUUACGGUAACCCUCAUAAUUGUCGAAUGCAGUGCAAUGCCAGGCAGUGAACCUCAUGACAACCUUCGGCCAGUUCUAAAGUCAUGUAUCAGCCAUUCUGAUACAUGCCUUUCUUUCCUGAGGUGUUUGAAAUGUACCGUUAUCAUAAUUUUGAAAUUCCAGAUCCAGCAGGAGAUUGACUUGUUGUGACCUUACCAGACAUUUUGACAUCUAAAUGAUAAUUCAUUCUGUGACACUAGCAGGGUUAGUCUAUUGUUAUCAUCAAAUUCAUGUACAAAUUUACUGUAUUAUGUGAUCAAAUGCUUGCAAAGUACAUUUUGUAUAUUCCAUGUACAUUUGUCUUUCAAAAUUAUAGUAGUUCCUUUUGGAAUAACAUUUCUGGAUCUGUGUUAGGAUGGUAUACCAGUCUCUACCAGACAAGUACUCUGCAUGGCUAUAUGGAUUAUGAGGGAGAACAAUUUACCAGCAGCUCUCGUGGAUUCACCUAAUUUUUGUCGAAUUCUAUUGUCCAUAUCCAGUGUUUAAAGUCAAUAAGUGAUGGCUAGUAGCAAACCAUUUUUGCUGGCAUAUGGUGGCAAACUUGUAAUGUUUAUAUUGAACAAAAAUGCUGCAAAUAAUUUUUACCAGGAUGAUGUGUAUUACUAGCCUGUAUAUAUAUGCAAAAUGUAAGAACAAGGAGUACACAUUGGAACUUAAGGCCAGUGCUUAGCAUUUUACAACAUGCUUAACAUGACUAUAAUUAGUACAAACUAGUUCAAUGUAGUAUGCAUAUUGUAUGAAUUAUCAGCUGAACUUGAUAACCUAACUUUUGGACAAGUAUGUUUUCCAGCCAGUAUGUCAAGUACAAUGAUGCCUUAUACACAUUUAUAAUAGUGAUUUUUCCCAGAUAUUGUGCCCUCUAUGCUGUGACGGUGUGGCCUGAAAUAGUUUUAAUACUAAAUGUCCAAGGGUUAUUCUCUGCUACAGUGACUGCUAGAGACUAUGGGGCUAGACGCUUUGGGGAUUACAUUUACAAUGUACCCACCUACAGUGACUUGCUAUAGAUUUUUUAUCAUAGAAUUGGCAUAGCUGCGUCACAUUUUGCCAGCACUAAAAAAGGAAUUGUGAUUGUAUACUACCAAAUUAUGUCUAACACAAUGUAUACGUUACAGUGUCAAGUUGAAUAAAAAGAUUAAUUACGCUAUUAACUGAAAUAAUGGGUAAAUGCUGUGUGGUUGAAUAUGUUCAAUAAUUGAAAUCA